UAUCUCGGGCUCCAGCAACCUCCAGCUGUAUCAGUCGUUUGAGACUGGCUUCUGCGAGGGAGGAGUCGGAGGAUAUUACUCCCGCUGGAUGGCAAUGGAUGUCUAUCUCAUAUCUGAUGCUCAGAGUUUCCGUGACUCUACCACUACUGCCAGUCCCACUACUGCCAGUCCCACCACUGCUCCCAGAAGUGACUCCACA